AUGUAUCCAGAGGGGCGAUGGUGUAUGGUUUUUAGUUGCAUCAAGGGAAUUGGUCGGUUGUCAGGAUUUUUCAAGGAAGUGGGCAAUCCAUUGGGGGAAGCACCAAUAUGUAGUAAGGAAAAUGUAUUAGGACGAGUGGUUACUUUAACUGGGAAACAUGGCGGAGGUACAGAUUGUAGCUGUACGUUACAAGUUUCUUCUAGUGAUCAGUUUGCUAUGUACCCAGUUACUUUUACUGAAACGAGGACACCAUCAGGUUGUCAGUACGCAUUAAAAUUUGAAUUUGGUACCUUACAAAGACUAUACUCUUGUUCCCAACCUGGAAGUCCGCAAUAUACCAUGUACCCUGAAGACAUAUUAACGCUAAGUAUAGUGUCCGGCUCGACCCGUUCUGGAGGAUUUGAUUUUUCCUUCAAUGUAACGUCAAGUACACCAAGUUCAGAAAUAACUUUAGCGUGUCAACAAACUCCACCGGAUGCUACAUCAUCUACCCCCAUUCCAACUACUUCAACGUCGCAGACGACAACGAGCACGUCAACAACCACUAGUUCAGAUCAGUUAACCUCGUCCAGUACUUCAGGAAAUAGUCAAACAACAGAUUCCGGUGGAGAGACGACAUCUUCCGGUGGUGGAACUACGUCUUCCAAUGAUAAACCCCCAACUCCAAAGCCGUCUGUGUCAGGAACUACAGAUGACACUAUGGUUAUUCCCGUCACAACUGACGAUUCCCCGGCAAAGUCCACAGAACCAACAUCUAUAUCAACUGGAGCAAUUAUUGGUGCUACUCUAGGUGUUAUACUAUUAUUUGUUGUACUGGUUGUAAUCUUAUUAUGUGUAUGGAAGAAAAAGCUAAAACAAAACAAAGUUGGAGCAUCAUAA